UCCCGCGAGCCCGCGCCGCGGCGUUCGCCAUGACUCCUCCCGCUUCCUCCCGCCCGCCAACGCCGACGGCUUCAGCGGCGACGGCCACCACUUCGUCGCGGAUAGACUCGCCGUCUCUCAAGGCCGCCCUCGCUAUGGCUCUCAUCCACUACAACCGCCUCCCCGGCAAAGCCGCCGCCAUCGUCACCGCCGCCUCAGCCUCCGCCUCCGCCGGCACAACAUCCCCGCCUCUCGUCCACUGGAAGCGCAAGGCCAAAGACCGGAAGCGCGAAAUCAUCCGCCUCCGGGAGGAGCUCAAGCUCCUCCAAGACGGGGCGCGCGGGGAGGAGAUGGAGCCGCCGGUCGCAUCGUGCCGGUGCCACUUCUUCGACGGGUGCGGGGACCUGCUGCCGCAGCCGGGCGGCGGCGGUGGGGAGCACUGGGUCGACGAGGUGCUGAGAAGGAGGUUCCUCAGACUGGUGAGGUGGAAGGAGAAGCGACGGCGAGUGGAUCGAUCACUUCCGAGGAGUAGUUUGAUUGAUUUCAACAGUGAGGAUGAGGUGCAGCAGCUUUGCAUGUCGACUGAUUUCCUCGUGGAGCUAUCAGACAGCAUUUUUGCCAAAAAAGAAGCUGCCCCCUCAUUUGCUACAUUUUCUCACCAGGCAGUGGACUUCAUUCUUGCUUCACUGAAGAACAUUCUAUCAUCAGAAAGGGAGAAGGAGCUAGUUGGCGAGAUAAUCGAUGAUUUAGUGACUCGUUUGAUGAAAAGGAUGUGCACUGUCCCUGAAAAUGCUGAUACUUCAGAUUCAGGAUCAAUCGACUGCUCAGAUGCCCAAUUCUCAGUGCAGCACUUGUUCCAUAAGUUAGGAAAGGAGGAGUUCAUUGGUCAGCGGGUAAUCCUUGCAGUUUCUCAAAAGAUCUCGAGUACAUCAGAAAGGUUACUUCUGGUGGAUCCAUUUGAUGAUGCUUUCCCUGAUAUGCAUGGCAAUAUAUUCAUCAUGGUUCAGUUAAUCGAGUUCCUAAUAUCUGAUUACAUGAAAGAUUGGCUAUGUCGCGAGCAUUUUGACAAAAGACUUUUUGAAGAAUGUGCCAGAUCUAUUCUCAAGGCACGCAAUGAUUUGCAAAUCCUGGAAAACAUGAACGGGCUGUAUGUGGUGUAUAUUGAGCGUGUGAUCGGAAGGUUGGCAAGGGAGGUGGCUCCUGCUGCACAUCAGGGGAAGCUGGACCUAGAAGUCUUCUCUAAACUCAUGUGCUGAGAAUGUCUGCCUCUGACUUUUCAAUGUUGAUUAUCUAAAAAAGGCUGAUCCAGCAAGUAGCUAUAUUCUUCAGUGACUGAUUGGUAACCAAGGCAUAGUCAAAACUGAAAAAUAUGUUUUAUUAACUCCAAUGUGUGAAUGAGUAGUUACUGCAAACAAAUGUGCUCUAAUCCAAGCCAUGAUAUAGAUGAUCCACUUAGACUAUCACAUAUUUAAAUUUUGGUUUAUAAGAGAAACUUGGAAUCAGUUAGUGGAUCUAUCUGUGUGGCCUGGCUUCGUUUCAUGUCUAUUGAUAGUUGAUUACUUUCUUUUUGCUGACUUCACUUCAUACCAUGUGAGUUUCUAUAGAUAUGCUUUGCAUUAUCUGCAGAUUAUAUUGGUGCAUCUAUAAUUUCUGCACUCUGGUUCUUUACUAUUUGCAGUUCAAAGAGAAUAAAAGCAUACAGUAUUCUAAAAGUAAAAAAAUGUAAGUUUUUACUCAAAUACACAUAAGCCAUUCAUAUUCAUUGGUAUGCUUGCGCAUGUUGUAUCUGCUAUCCCAUAGUACUUAUCUUGGCUUAGAACACGUGGUCACCUUGGAGCCUAGCUAUUUCUUUGUGCUGUGCAGAGAGUGCUUGUUGUCUGUUACCUUUGGCUGUCAUGUUGCUUUCACAAUUUUCGUAACUUGUGAGACCGAAAGAAACUUACCAUAGGCAUGUCUUGGGGCUUUUAGUCAACAAUUAACACCCCUUUCACACUUGUGAUCUCAUCUGAGUGCUCCUUGUGGCCAACUACAUGAUGACUUUCCAGAAUUAACUAGGGUUGGCUUACACCUUGAGUAACUGGGAGAAUAGAGCAAUCUGGGACUGUGAUCUGUACUUGUUCAAUAUAUAGGUAU